AUGGACGGAAAAGUGGCAAUCCACGAAGACGGGCCUCCUGUGGUCUCCUGGCUCCCUGAGGAGGGAGAGAAGCUGAGCCCGGAAGGCGACCACCAGGUGAAGGACCGGGGCCAAUGGAACAACAAGAUGGAGUUUGUGCUGUCAGUGGCCGGGGAGAUCAUUGGGCUGGGCAAUGUCUGGAGGUUUCCCUAUCUCUGCUACAAAAAUGGAGGUGGAGCCUUCUUCAUCCCCUACUUCAUCUUCUUCUUCACCUGUGGCAUCCCGGUGUUCUUCUUGGAGGUGGCGUUGGGCCAGUACACCAGCCAAGGCAGCGUGACAGCCUGGAGGAAGAUCUGCCCCCUGCUCCAGGGCAUUGGGCUGGCGUCGGUGGUCAUCGAGUCCUACCUGAACAUCUACUACAUCAUCAUCCUCGCCUGGGCUCUCUUCUAUCUGUUCAGCUCCUUCGCCUCUGAGCUGCCCUGGACAACCUGUACCAAUACUUGGAACACAGAGCAUUGCAUGGACUUUCUGAACCACUCAGGAGCCCACACAGCGACCCCAUCUGAGAACUUCACUUCACCUGUCAUGGAAUUCUGGGAGAGACGAGUUUUGGGCAUCACCUCAGGUAUCCACGACCUGGGGGCCCUGCGUUGGGAGCUGGCCCUGUGUCUCCUGCUCGCCUGGGUCAUCUGCUACUUCUGCAUCUGGAAAGGGGUCAAGUCCACUGGCAAGGUUGUUUAUUUCACAGCCACGUUUCCCUACCUGAUGCUGAUCAUCCUCCUCAUCCGAGGCAUAACCCUUCCCGGAGCCUACGAAGGUAUCAUCUAUUACCUGAAGCCAGAUUUGCUUCGGCUCAAGGACCCCCAGGUGUGGAUGGACGCGGGCACCCAGAUCUUCUUCUCCUUCGCCAUCUGCCAGGGGUGCCUGACAGCCCUGGGCAGCUACAACAAGUACCACAACAACUGCUACAGGGACUGCAUCGCCCUCUGCUUCCUCAACAGUGCCACCAGCUUCGUGGCCGGGUUCGUGGUCUUCUCCAUCCUGGGCUUCAUGGCCCAGGAGCAGGGGAUGCCCAUCUCCCAAGUGGCUGAGUCUGGUCCGGGUCUGGCCUUCAUCGCGUUCCCCAAGGCGGUGACUAUGAUGCCCUUAUCCCAGCUGUGGUCCUGCCUGUUCUUCAUCAUGCUCAUCUUCCUAGGGCUGGACAGCCAGUUUGUCUGCGUGGAGUGCCUGGUGACAGCCUCCGUGGACAUGUUCCCCAGUCAGCUCCGGAAGGGCGGGCGGCGAGAGCUCCUCAUUCUCACCAUUGCCGUUGUCUGCUACCUGCUAGGGCUCUUCCUGGUCACGGAGGGCGGGAUGUAUAUCUUCCAGCUGUUUGAUCACUACGCCUCCAGUGGGAUAUGCCUGCUCUUCCUGGCGGUGUUUGAAGUAAUCUGCAUCAGCUGGGUGUAUGGGGCAGAUCGUUUCUAUGACAACGUUGAAGACAUGAUUGGCUACCGGCCAUGGCCCUUGGUGAAGAUCUCCUGGCUCUUUCUGACCCCUGGACUUUGCCUGGCCACCUUCCUCUUUUCCUUGAGCAAGUACACACCUCUCAAAUACAACAACAUAUAUGUGUAUCCUCCUUGGGGCUACUCCAUCGGCUGGUUCUUGGCUCUGUCGUCCAUGGUCUGCGUCCCUCUGUUCAUCAUCAUCACCCUUCUGAAGACCCAGGGUUCCUUCAAGAAGCGCCUGCAGCAGCUCACCACCCCCGACCCCAGCCUGCCGCAGCCUAAGCAACACCUGUAUCUGGAUGGUGGUAACGGCCAGGACUGCAGGCCUUCUCCAACAAAGGAAGGACUAAUCGUCGGGGAGAAGGAGACCCACUUGUAGGAUGUGGCCAGCAGCCAGGUGGCCAUUGAGCCAGGCACCUCUGUCAGGGUCACUGCCGUGGACAGCCUAUGCCUCUGUCCCUUCCCACAGUCCUGCUGAGAACCUCUGUGGUGUUCAUGUGCACCCCCAGCCAGAAGCCACGCUGCUCCCUCCUCAGCGGGGGCAGCUCCUUCUGGUGGGCUAGAGGCGGUCCCGCUGCACCAUGCCAUGCAGUUGGAACACACCUUCUUAUUUAUAAAGGAGGGUGGUCUUUUUUGAGUCCACCAUCUGCUUCGAACACAUUACACUGUGUGGGUGCUCCCACCGUAGGGACGUUCCUGUAUCUGGGGAUGUCGCAGCUUGCUAUAUUUGGGAGGGUAGCACGGAUGGGACUUCGUAUCGGGCUUUGUCUUAGGGAGUCCGCUGGAACACGCCAUGUUGGAAGUGACAUCGAACACACCGUAUUGGAUUCUGACAUUCCAUUAGAGGGAGUCCUUCACUAGGCUUAGUAUUCCGGAGUCCGUGGGGAAAGAACUAGAGAAAUAACCAGGAGGCAAGCCUUCACAAGCCAUCAUUGUCUUAAGGUGUCCCUAGAUCCAGCCCUGAUUCCACACACUUCCUGCAAUGUUGUCCUCAAUCCAUGGAGCAUUGGCAUGGAAGGAACUUAGAGAUGAUCCCUAGACUGAGCAAAUACAUGGCGAGGGUGUCUGUACUUUCCUAUGCCCAAGACAGACAUUACUAAUGGAGUCUUUCCCACCUCACAGUCCUUUCAAAUACAGUGCUCCGGGCCACUCCA